AUGAAGGUCAUAUUUCUGGGCACGGGAUACUGGUUCUUCUGGUCCAUUGUCUUGCUGAGUUUCUUUGGGAUCCUGACUGCCUACACAGCCUUGCUGUUGGUACUUGGAUUUUUGUUGUGUUGGGAAGGGAGAGAACUCUCCCUGCACUGGUGUCAUAAGAUCCUGAUUCUGCUAGUGCUUCUGACAUGCUCGUUUUUUUUCUGGAUGUUAUUCACUUACUGGAAAGACAGGUGGCUCACUGUUGGGCUGUCACUGCAGGUCUUCGCUCCCUACAUACACCUGGGCAGCAUAUCUAUGAUGGUUCUGCUUUCGUGGCCUGUGGCCUUCUACGUGAUCCAUUUGGAAGGAGAAGCUAGAAUCCGAAGACACCAGAUGACAUUUUAUGAAAGAAAAAGAAAGAAGAGAUGUGCUAUGCUCACAAAGUUGAGAGCUCUACAAGUGGCUAUUGGAUUGCCCUUUUGUCUUAUCCUUUUGUCUCUCUAUUUGAUUCCAUUGGGGAUUUACUCUCCCUGCAUUCAGGAGAAGGAUGAAUUGGGACCUAAGCCGAGCUUCUUUGGACAUAGAGGUGCACCCAUGCUGGGACCUGAGAAUACCAUGAUGUCCUUUGAGAAAGCUGUUGAAGAAGGUGCCUUUGGGCUGGAGAGUGAUGUACACAUAAGUAAUGAUGAUGUGCCUUUUCUCAUGCAUGACAAUAACCUGAGAAGAACAACCAAUAUCAAGGAGGUCAAGCCAAAUGCCUCUUUCACACACCCUUCCUUAUUUGAUUGGAGUUUCCUGUCGACUCUGAAUGCAGGCAGAUGGUUUUCACAUUCACGGUUCAAACCAUUUUACCGUAUGAAACCCCUAUCAGAGGCUGACAGAGAAAAAGCAGGAAAUCAGAAGAUUCCAAAACUAACUGAUUUAUUGCAACUUGCACAGAAGGAGAAAAAAUUUGUGAUAUUUGAUCUUAAUGGCCCUGCACCAAAACAUUUUCACAGAAGCUCAUACGUACGCCACAUAGUAAGAGUGAUCCUUGACUCUAGAAUUGAGCAACAUCUGAUUUUUUGGUUGCCAGAUACUGAUAGGCAGUAUGUCAAGAAAAGAGCUCCUGGCUUUCAGCAAGUGAGCCAGUUGUUCUCACUUGAACACCUUGCAAAAGAAAAUAUCAGUAGGGUAAAUGUUGACUACAAGAGGUUGUUCUACAAUGGAUUGAGAGAAUAUAAAGCAGCUAACAUCAACAUCAACUUGUACGUCAUCAAUGAACCUUGGCUCUUCUCACUGGCCUGGUGCUCCAGGAUUCAGUCAGUGACCACAGACAACAUUCAGGUCCUGAAUAAGAUCAAUCACCCUUACUACUUCAUGACACCAAAUUUCUACAUGUUCAUAUGGAUUCUCAUGGAUUGUGUUUCUGCAGUUUUUAUUGUUGCCAUAUUUUAUUUCCAUUGGUGGAGAAAGAGCAAAAAAGAAACAUUACUCAAAAGCAGCAGCACUGUCACAGGCACUAGAAAUAAAAGCAAAAAUAAACAAAUGGAAUUAAUCAAACCUAGAAACUCUCCGAGUAUCAACCUCCAAAAGGGAAAACGUCAGAGUCAAAAAGCUUCAAAUUUAUCCAUGGAGCCUCCCACCCGCGUUAUGGAGAUCCCUUGGACUCACACAGCCCACUACCCAUCUUUAACCAGGAGCAUAAGGAAGCAACCACACUCUAGCCAUUUUUCAGUAGUGCCCGAGAAGAAAGCUCGAAAGCAAGAGUCAGUCAAGGAAACCAUCAAGAAACCCAUGGUUCACAAGGAUUACUUUAGACAACCGCUGCAUACCAUGAAGGCCUUUGAACCUACCCAAGCAACCGUCCGGGAGUCCACGAGAGAGGCUCUCUUCCAAAAUACAUUGUCUGCCUUGGAGGCAAGUGAGAUAAUUUCCCCCACAGAACUCUCUCAUCCUAAAACACAACCUGAAAAGCUCCCAGCUGUUGAAUCAUCCGAAGAAUCCUCUUUGAUUUAUUCCACCACAUCCAGCCUGUUUUCCUUAGGGAUUUCUUCAAAGAGGGAUUAGUCACAAC